UUCCAAAAACAACACCCAAUGUCCUGAGGUCAAUGGUUAAUAUUCCCAAGUGUUUAUAUAGCCUCCAGCAGCAGAGCUCGGGUCCUUCAGCACUGGGCCAGCUCCAGCACCAUGCCUCGCUCCUUGCAGAUUAUCCUGGCCUGCAGGAAAUACCUGCUUGUGGUGCUUAUACCCCUCUUGUUUCUUCCCUUGCCUCUGGCUGUCCCUACCAAGGAGGCCCAAUGUGGUUAUGUUAUCAUAGUGAUGGCACUGUUUUGGUGCACGGAAGCACUGCCGUUGGCUGUCACAGCUCUCCUCCCUGUCCUGCUCUUCCCAUUGAUGAAUAUCAUGGAUUCAACAGCAGUGUGCCGGGAGUACCUGAAGGACAGCAAUAUGCUUUUCAUUGGGGGACUGCUGAUGGCCAUCGCUAUUGAGCACUGGCACCUACACAAGCGUGUUGCUCUCCGGGUCUUGCUUAUCACUGGUGUGAGACCAGCCCUACUUCUCAUGGGCUUCAUGGUUGUGACUGCUUUCCUGUCCAUGUGGAUCAGCAAUACUGCCACCACUGCCAUGAUGGUCCCAAUAGCACAAGCAGUGCUGGAGCAGUUGCACAAGUCAGAAGCAGGGUUUAAUUCACCUGGCCAAACAUCUGAAAAGAUCAAUAAAGCCUUUGAACUGCAGGAAGAGUCAACUAAGCCAGGUAGCUCCAAAGGAACAGAGGGAAAAGGUAAUAGUUAUGCCCUGACAAUCGAGGAAGAUAAAAAGAGAAAUGAAAAUUUGCUAGAGGAGAAACACAAGAAACUCAGCAAGGGAAUGUCUCUCUCUAUUUGUUACUCAGCCAGUAUUGGAGGGAUUGCAACUCUAACUGGGACAACACCAAAUCUGAUACUGCAAGGACAAGUUGAUGAGCUCUUUCCUGAAAAUGGCCAUAUCAUCAACUUUGCCUCUUGGUUCUCCUUUGCCUUCCCCACCAUGAUCUUGUUACUGGCUUUGACGUGGAUUUGGCUGCUGAUACUGUACUUGGGCUUUAAUUUUCAUGAGAACUUUGGGUGUGCUACAAAUGCCUCUGCAAAGGCAAAGGAGCAACAGGCCUAUGACAUUAUCAAGGAAGAGAGCAAGAAACUGGGCCCAAUGAAAUUUGCAGAAAUAGCAGUUUUGGUCCUCUUUGUACUACUGGUAGUGCUCUGGUUUACAAGAGAUCCUGGCUUCAUCCCAGGCUGGGCAACAGUUCUGUUCAACAAAAAUGAUACGAGCUAUGUCACUGAUGCUACAGUUGCCAUCUUCAUCUCGGUUCUGUUGUUCAUCAUCCCUUCUGACAUGUCAAUCAGUUUCAGAGACAAUGACCAAACGGGCAGCAAGCCAAGGAUCCAAGCACCCCCAGCUCUCCUGGACUGGAAAGUGGUUCACCAGAAAAUGCCAUGGAACAUUGUGUUUCUGCUGGGAGGUGGCUUUGCCUUAGCCAAAGGCAGUGAGGAGUCUCAGCUGUCCUCAUGGUUAGGAAGCAAACUGAGUCCUCUGCAGCAAAUCCCUCAACCAGCUAUUGUUCUCCUGUUGUGUCUCCUUAUUGCCACUUUCACUGAGUGUGCCAGCAAUGUGGCCACCACCACCCUCUUCCUCCCUAUUCUGGCUUCAAUGGCUGAAGCAAUCUGCCUCAAUCCACUCUAUGUCAUGCUGCCCUGUACACUUUCUGCAUCGUUGGCAUUCAUGCUCCCAGUGGCCACACCUGCUAAUGCUAUUGUCUUCUCAUAUGGACACCUGAAAGUGAUAGAUAUGGCCAAAUCUGGGUUUGUACUCAACAUUCUAGGAGUUCUGAUGAUAAAUCUAGCCAUCAACACCUGGGCUUCAUCUUUGUUCCAACUGCAAACUUUCCCAUCUUGGGCAAAUAAGACAGGUACAUGCCCAUAAUACGAAGAGGCAAGAAAGCAACAACAGUUUCUGUUGGAACUGCAGCAAGAGCAAGACUAUCAUCUAUAUGUGUUUUGCCAAGGCACUGGUUAAGAGACAGGCCUGGAAAAGGACAAGCCACCUACAAGCAAAAUCACUCUGUUGAUAACAGCAAUAAAAUUGCCUAACAGUGCUGUUUAGCUGGCAAUUUCGUUACCCCAGAAAAGGUAACCUUUGGCUUUCCAACUGUCCCAGGUAUCUUCAGGUUUUCUGUCUCUGCAAGGGUAGAUUUUCCCCAAGUGCUACACUGCUUUUCCAGCUCCUCCUGCAGAAUGUGAAAUCUGCAGCGAGAAAGAAGAGAGGUGUGUAUAGAAAGAAGAGACUCUACAUUGCUGGUCUCCUGAUCCUGAUGAGUAUGUGUUGACACGAUCUGCUGUGUAUGUGUCCAAGAUGUACAUGACUGUUAAAUUCUCUGUGGGCAUUUCCAGCAAGACAUGUGCUGUAUGAUUACAGACAAGUCCCAUAUUGUCAGCCCACUCUAUCACUUUGAAACGUAUUUAUUUGCAGUCCACUUAUGAAUGUAAAAGACUAUUUUAUUCCUAGAAUGUCUCUCCCAUUGUUAUUUAUGUAAGAUUACAGCUUGUGAGGUCAUGAUAAUAAGAGCAAUAUUCUUUUGAGAAGGAGAGAAUCCCUGUGUCCUAAAAUAUACAUGAUUGAAUUAAAGAUUUUUUUAUGUA